AUGGCGCAUUAUAGCGUCAAGGCUUGGGUUCGGCGCCGCAUUAGCCCCUAUGGCUUCACUCUAGGGCUUGGAUUGCACUAUAACACGAGUAAUAGUGGUGGAGGUGAUGAUGAUGGUGAUGGCGGCGGUGGUGAAGACUACGACAGUAGUGGUGGUGGCAGUGAUGACGACCAUGGUGGUGGUGGCGGUAGCGGCAACAAAGGUGGUGCUAGCGACGAUGAUGAUGUCGAUAGUGGUGGGCGUAGGGGCAAUAGUGGUGAUGGAAUGGGGUGUUUGGUUCGUUGGAAUUCGCCGGAAUCUGGUGGAAUUGGAAUGGUCAAUUCCGUUGACCAAAUUCCAUUUCAACGUAUGGAGUUGGUGAUGGGUCAAGCAAAAGAUUGCAGGAAGGAUCAUUUUCUAGCUCCUUGUGAUAUAUAUGCAUGUAAUUUUGUAUGCGUUAAGGAACACGGGCAUGAUAUCUUCGGAGAAGCUCCCCUUGCAGAAUGUCGAGCCAUGUGGUGCCGCUGCUAUUUUCCAUGUCCCAAGCCACCUGUACAUGUGCGGCCACCUAUGAAGGUUAGGAAACUUGAUGUGGCGUCACCCCCUUCCCAAUUCCAACCCUAA